UGGAAGAAUAAUUUUGGGAGUAUUUGCACACGACAACCGGUAGAAGAAGUUCCACCCCUCAAUGUUAUUCUCUGCGUCUAACUGACUCCAUCUCUCUAAGUUUGAAGAAUACCUUAUAAUCUCACUUGAAUAUUGUGAGUUGUCAUGAAAUUACUCUUGCUACUCUUAUUCUCUUUUCCAGUUUUUAUUUAUAGCGAAGUAAAUCAUGCAACACCCCUAAUACUUCCUCAUCGAAAUGAAGAUCCAGUAUUUGUCCUCCUAUCCUCAACACCAUCAACACUACCAACAACAUCAGCUCCACCACCACCAUCCAUUCCGAUUCUAAAGCCAGAUGCAUCACCGUGUGAUCUUAUUGAAGAAGCAGCAGCACUUCACUGCAUUGGACCACUUGUUGACUAUGCUGCCGAUCUGACCAAUAAUGUACUUCAUCCACCACUUAGUGAUGUUGUAGAGACUUGUGCCAAGUACAAUCAGUAUAUGAUGUGCACACAGGGUGUUCGACCAGAUUGCAGACAAUCCCGGGCGCCAAAUAUUGAAUUCAUGUAUGAAACGAUUUGUGAGCCGAAGUUUGCAGCAAUCAUGAAGGAGGAGCAGGCAUGCCUUUUGGAGGUUGAAAACGACAAGAACGUAAAGGAGUGCUUUGUGAACAAAACCAACACUUUGAGGGACGAGACGCCAGACACUGUGUCUAACCCAACACAAAACUACGAAUGUACAGUAAUCCAAGCGUACGUCGACUGCUUGAUUGAACGGGAGGAGACAUCGUGUCGAGAUGCGGAGAAAAUAGAAAUCUCCUUUUUAUCAAUGUUAGCUAAACGGAAUUCGGAAUCUAGAUGCGAAUUGAACACCAAUGCAAUAAAGUCACGACCAAAAGCUCAACCUCUGGAGGAAUGCGACACACAAGGAAAUUGCAAAUGUAGAUUACCCGGUUAUUAUUAUGAAGCAGCCAGGAAGAAGUGUCUAGAUGUCGACGAAUGUGAAUCUUUAUCCUCUGCAUGCUCUCAAAAGUGUGUUAAUCUUCCUGGAACAUUUGAAUGUACUUGUGAUCCACGAACGUAUAAAUUGGCAACUGACAAUAAAACUUGCGAAAGAAUUGAUCAAUCUCCAAUGUGGCUAUUCUUUGCACAUGGUCAAAGUGUAUGGAACAUUUCAACUGAUGGAAAAUCAUUCCAAUUACAACGUGCCGGAUUACAAAAGACUGCAAUGAUUGAUAUUGAUGUGAAAGAGAACCGACUGUAUUAUGCAGAUAUUGGAGCAAAUGUAAUUGAAAGAAUGAAUAUCGAAGGAACAUUCCCACAGGCAGUACAAAGAUUUGAUGUUGACGGAUUAGAAGGUAUUGCAGUUGAUUGGAUUGGAAGGAAUUUGUACAGUUUGAGAAGAGAAGACAUACUCGUUCAAAGUCUCGAUGGCCGAUUCCGUCAACCCCUGUAUAAGAAUGUUAUGACGCUUCCGAGAUCAAUCACUCUACAUCCAGCUAAAGGAAUUAUGUUUGUCACUGAUUGGUCUGCAAAUGCAUUCAUUGCUGCUGCUUCAAUGGAUGGUUCUCAUUUCCGAAAAAUUAUAACCGAACGAAUCACAUGGCCAAAUGCCGUUGCAGUUGAUAUUUUUGCCGAGAAAAUCUAUUGGGCUGAUGCAUUUUUGGAUACUAUUGAAUCUGCUAACAUGGAUGGAACUGGAAGGAGAGUAAUAAUUGCUGACGCAGGAUCAGUUCCACACGUCUUUGGAUUAGCAAUAGCUGAUGAUUACCUAUACUGGACCGAUUGGACAUACCGUGGAAUUUUAAGAGCAAAUAAGCACAACGGAGAAAAUAUCACAGUUUUGGCACAAACCGCUCUUCUCCCAUAUUCCCUUAAAGUCUUCCACAAAUCCCUGCAACCCGAAGAGACGUCGACAUGUGAGACACGAGGGUGUGACCAGUUGUGUUUGUUAGGGGAGAACGGCGCGGCAACAUGUGCUUGUGGAGAAGGGUUUGACCUUCUCAACGAUGGAAAGAAAUGUAGCUCGAACUGUAGUGAAUCACAAAUCGAAUGCGGUGGAGCUGAUCCAAAAUGCAUAUCAAAGAUAUAUCUUUGCGAUGGUCUUGCUCAAUGUUCCAAUCAAGCAGAUGAAGAAAAAUGCCCACCUAGAAUCUGUCUUCCUGGUCAAUUCCAAUGCCACGACAAUCAUAAAUGCCUUCCACCAGGUGGUCUCUGUGAUAAAGUCACCGAUUGUUCUGAUUCUUCUGAUGAAAUAUAUUGUGAAUACCAAAAAACAACAGAAAAGGGACAAUUUGUUCUGAAUACGACAAAAGGAAAACAUUCAAUAAGGAAUUGAAUUUCGGAUUCUUCGAUUUUUACUUUUGUGAAAUUUUAAUUGUUAUUUCCGAUUCUCAGGUCUCAUUUAUUUUUCGGAGAUUACCACAAAGUACUUAUUAUUUAUGCCUACGUAUUUAUAAUAAAUACUAUUUUUUUC